UGUCUCUUCGACGGCUGCAACAAGAAGUUUGGCCGCAAGGAGAACAUUCGUGCCCACGUUCAGACUCAUCUCGGUGAUCGUCAGUUCAGAUGCAAUCACUGCGGAAAGUGCUUCGUCAGACAGCACGACCUCAAGCGUCACGCAAAGAUCCACAGUGGUGAUAAGCCUCACAAGUGCCCCUGCGGCAACGGCUUCGCCAGACAAGAUGCACUCACCCGUCAUCGUCAACGCGGAGUCUGCGAUGGU